UCCAACCUCUCUAUAAAUACGCACCCAAACAAUCUUUCAUUGAAGGGAGAAAGAACAAAACCCAGCGAACCAUAAUUGGUAACCCAUUUCUGCCUUUCUGGGUUCCGGGCCUGAAAUCUCCGCCUUUAUUUACUUGCGUUUCCAAGAAACAUUCCUGGGUUUUCUGCAAUGGAGAGUGGUGAUAUUUACAACGCGUCGAUAUGGAGAAACAAUGCCAUGGAAGUUUUCUCAAGGUCUUCACUGGAAGAAAACGACGAAGAAGCUCUUAAAUGGGCAGCGCUACAGAAGCUUCCUACUUUCAAUCGUCUGAAGAAAGGUUUGCUGACUACGCCGCAAGGCGAGGCCAGUGAAAUCAAUAUACAUGAUCUUGGAGUUGAGGAAAAGAAGAGUUUAAUAGAGAGGUUGUUGAAGGUCCCCGAAGAGGAUAAUGAGAAGUUCUUGCUGAAGCUCAAGGAUCGUCUCGACAGAGUAGGAAUUCCUCUUCCGACAAUUGAAGUCCGAUUCGAGAAUUUAAAAGUUGAGGCAGAAGCUCAUGUUGGAAGCAGAGCUCUACCUACGUUCUUGAAUUUCUCCGUUAACAUUCUUGAGGGUUUCUUGAAUUAUCUUCAUAUUCUUCCAAGUAGAAAGAAGCAUUUGUCCAUCCUUCAAGAUGUGAGUGGGGUCAUCAAGCCAAGCAGAAUGACGCUACUUUUGGGUCCUCCAAGUUCUGGAAAGACCACGCUCUUGCUGGCUUUGGCUGGAGAGCUCGAUCCUGACCUGAAGUUUUCUGGGAAUGUUACUUAUAAUGGCCAUGAAAUGCGGGAGUUUGUUCCCCAGAGAACUGCUGCCUAUGUCAGUCAGCAUGACCUCCAUAUUGCCGAAAUGACAGUAAGGGAGACCUUGGCCUUUUCUGCAAGAUGUCAAGGGGUCGGAGCACGUUAUGACAUGCUGGUAGAGCUAGCAAAAAGAGAGAAAGAAGCAAAUAUUAAGCCUGAUCCUGAUAUCGACAUCUACAUGAAGGCAGUAGCAACAGAAGGUCAGGAGGCCAGCGUGGUGACAGAUUAUAUUUUAAAGGUUCUGGGAUUGGAAGUCUGUGCUGAUACUUUGGUUGGGAAUCAAAUGUUACGGGGUAUAUCUGGAGGACAAAGAAAGCGUGUAACAACAGGUGAGAUGAUGGUUGGACCAUCUAAGGUGCUAUUCAUGGAUGAAAUAUCUACUGGUCUGGAUAGCUCGACAACUUUUCAGAUUGUGAAUUCAAUCAAGCAAUAUGCUCACAUUCUCAAUGGCACUGUCGUGAUCUCACUCCUCCAGCCGGCACCAGAGACUUACAAUCUUUUUGAUGACAUUAUUCUCCUCUCUGAUGGCGAGAUUGUAUAUCAGGGUCCCCGUGAGCAAGUUCUUGAGUUUUUUGAAUUUAUGGGCUUCAAAUGUCCCGAAAGGAAAGGGGUGGCCGACUUCCUCCAAGAAGUGACGUCAAAGAAAGAUCAAGAGCAGUAUUGGGCAGCUAAAGAUGAGCCUUACAAUUUUGUAACAGUCAAGGAAUUUGCUGAGGCAUUCGAAUCGUUUCUUGUGGGACGGAAACUUAGAGAAGAGCUUGCAACUCCAUUUAACAGGGCAAAGAGCCACCCAGCUGCUUUGACAACUAGAAAGUAUGGUGUUAGAAAAGCAGAGCUGUUGAAAGCUUGCUUAUCAAGAGAAUUCUUGCUUAUGAAGAGGAAUUCGUUUGUCUACACCUUCAAGCUCACCCAACUUCUAGUAAUGGCCCUGAUUGCAAUGACAAUUUUCCUACGGACGGAGAUGCACCGCAAUUCAGUGACCGAUGGAGGGAUCUACGCUGGCGCUUUGUUCUAUGGUGUUGUUGUUAUCAUGUUUAAUGGUACAGCUGAGAUUUCCAUGACAGUAGCAAAGCUUCCGGUUUUCUUCAAGCAAAGGAAACUCCUAUUCUAUCCUGCAUGGGCAUACUCUCUUCCUGCAUGGAUCAUCAAGAUCCCUAUCACGUUUGUAGAAGUUGCUGUCUGGGUUUUUAUCACUUACUAUGUCAUUGGAUUUGAUCCAAGUGCUGGAAGGUUUUUUAGACAGUGCCUUCUGCUCUUAGCUGUUAAUCAGAUGGCUUCUGCAUUAUUCCGCUUCGUUGCAGCAAUUGGUAGGGGGGACCUGAUUGUUGCCACCACAUUUGGUUCAUUUGCACUGGUCAUGCUUUUUGCAUUGGGUGGCUUUGUCCUGUCAAGAGAGAACAUGAAGAAGUGGUGGAUAUGGGGUUACUGGACGUCACCUUUGAUGUAUGGGCAGAAUGCUAUAGUAGUUAAUGAGUUCCUUGGGAAGAGUUGGAGACAUGUUCUCCCAAUCUCAACGGAAUCACUGGGAGUUGAAGUGUUGAAGUCCCGUGGGUUCUUCCCACAUGCCUAUUGGUAUUGGAUAGGAGUAGGGGGAUUGAUUGGAUAUAUUUUAGUUUUCAAUGCUGGCUUCACUCUGGCGCUCACUUAUCUCAAUCCAUUGGGAAAGCCACAGGCUUUUAGACAAGAAGAACCUCAAAGCAAUAGGCACGAUGACAGAUCAGGACAAGCUAGUCAGUCACCGCGUAGAGGAAAUAGCUCAAGUCACCAAUUCAAAAUAGAGAGUAGAACUGAAACUGGCAUGAGAAGUAUUUCCUCUAAGUCCUCAUCUGUUAGUGCGGAGGAUACAGCAGAGGUCAGUCAGAAUAGGAAAAGAGGCAUGGUUCUUCCAUUUGAACAACAUACCAUUACCUUUGAUGAAAUUACAUACUCGGUUGACAUGCCACAGGAAAUGAAGAUUCAAGGUGUUACUGAAGAUAAAUUGGUGCUCCUGAAGGGUGUGAGUGGUGCUUUCAGGCCAGGAGUUCUCACAGCUCUGAUGGGUGUCAGUGGUGCUGGUAAAACAACUCUGAUGGAUGUGCUGGCUGGUAGAAAAACCGGUGGAUAUAUUGACGGGAAGAUCACAAUUUCUGGGUACCCAAAGAAGCAAGAGACGUUUGCUCGAGUUUCUGGAUAUUGUGAGCAAAAUGACAUCCACUCUCCUCAUGUUACUGUCUAUGAGUCCUUGCUCUAUUCAGCAUGGCUCCGCCUAUCGCCUGAUGUUGAUUCUGAAGCAAGGAAGAUGUUCAUUGAGGAAGUUAUGGAGCUCGUGGAAUUGAAACCUUUGAGGCAAGCAUUGGUUGGGUUGCCUGGUGUGAAUGGCCUUUCGACUGAGCAACGCAAGAGGCUUACCAUUGCAGUAGAGCUAGUUGCCAACCCCUCCAUAAUUUUCAUGGAUGAACCAACUUCCGGGCUGGAUGCUAGAGCUGCUGCUAUUGUCAUGAGGACUGUGAGGAACACUGUGGACACGGGAAGAACAGUUGUGUGCACCAUCCAUCAGCCAAGCAUUGACAUAUUUGAAGCAUUUGAUGAGCUAUUCCUAAUGAAGCGCGGGGGUCAGGAGAUAUAUGUAGGGCCAUUGGGUCGCCAUUCUUGCCAUCUAAUCAAUUAUUUUGAGGGAAUAGAGGGAAUCAGUAAAAUUAAAGAUGGUCAUAAUCCAGCGACUUGGAUGUUGGAAGUUACUUCCUCAGCACAUGAAAUGGCUUUGGGAAUUGAUUUUGCUAAUGUCUACAGAAAUUCAGUGCUCUACAGGAGAAACAAAGCACUUAUUAAUGAAUUAAGCAGCCCUGCUCCUGGAUCAAAGGACCUCUAUUUCCCUACACAAUACUCACAGACAUAUUUCACACAAUUCAUGGCUUGCUUGUGGAAACAACACUGGUCAUAUUGGCGCAACCCGCUGUAUACUGCUGUAAGGUUUCUCUUCACAACCAUCAUUGCCCUGAUGUUCGGGACAAUGUUCUGGAACCUUGGCUCGAAAACGACAAAGAAACAAGAUGUAUUUAAUGCUAUGGGUUCUAUGUACGCUUCUGUUCUCUUUAUUGGUGUUAAAAACUCCAAUUCAGUGCAGCCAGUGGUGGCUGUUGAACGAACAGUCUUCUACAGAGAAAAAGCAGCAGGGAUGUAUUCAGCCUUGCCUUAUGCAUGUGCACAGGUUCUGAUUGAGCUCCCAUAUGUUUUUGCACAAGCUGCGGUAUAUGGUGUCAUAGUUUAUGCAAUGAUUGGUUUUGAAUGGACUGCAGCUAAAUUCUUCUGGUAUAUAUUUUUCAUGUAUGUCUCCCUUUUGUACUUCACCUUCUAUGGCAUGUUGACAGUUGCUGUGACACCAAACCACCACAUUUCUUCCAUAGUUUCCUCCGCAUUUUAUGCACUAUGGAAUCUCUUCUCAGGAUUUAUAAUCCCACGACCUAGGAUCCCUAUUUGGUGGAGAUGGUACUCUUGGGCAUGUCCAUUGGCUUGGACCCUUUACGGGUUGGUUGCAGCACAGUUUGGGGAUAACAAGGACAUCCUUGAUACUGGGGAAACAGUGGAAGAUUUUGUGAGAGACUAUUUUGGUUUCAAACAUGAGUUCGUGGGAGUGGUUGCAGCUGUCAUUGUUGGGUUUACAUUACUCUUUGCAUUUAUCUUUGCUAUGUCCAUUAAAAUGUUGAACUUCCAGAGGCGAUAGGGUUUUUUUUUUUUUUUUUUAAAUGAUUACUAGAAUGGGAUGUCGAGUAUAGAUUAAACAAAAAAUUGUGAAGUUCUUUGUAUUUCUUUGAUAACUUACAUGUAUCAUAUGGCACUGCUUCAUUAUACAAUUACAGUAAUAAAAAGAUUCUUUCAUACAGUACC